CUAGGUAGCUGCUGCUCGGAGCUUCACCGUACUUUACUUUUGGAAGGUCUAUUGCCUUAAUUUUUACGGGAAGAAAGAUAGGAAGAUAGGAGAGACUUUUGAUAAAAUGGACAAUAGGGGAGGUUCUUUUGUCGCUGUUAGGAGGAUUUCUCAAGGCCUCGAGCGAGGCAAUACCUGCCAUUCUACUUCUGCUGAGGCUGUGGCAGGAUCAACGGCAUGGUUGGGUCGUGGUCUUUCUUGUGUAUGUGUACAGAGCAGAGAGAGUGAUGCUCGUCCAUCAUUUGAUUUAACCCCUGCCCAGGAGGAAUGCUUGCAGAGGCUGCAGAACCGUAUAGAUAUUUCUUAUGAUAGUUCAAUUCCUGAGCAUCAGGAAGCAUUAAGGGCGUUAUGGAAUGCUGCAUUUCCAGAAGAACUACGAGGUUUAAUAUCUGAGCAAUGGAAGGAAAUGGGGUGGCAAGGAAAGGACCCAUCUACAGAUUUUAGGGGUGGUGGUUUUAUAUCCUUGGAGAACCUAUUAUUCUUUGCUAGGAAUUUUCCGAAAUCCUUCAAGGAUCUUCUUUGGAAGCAGGUAGGUGAUCGGUCUGUGUGGGAAUAUCCGUUUGCUGUUGCUGGUGUGAACAUCACCUUUAUGCUCAGUCAGAUGCUUGAUCUUGAAGCAGUCAAACCAAGGACAAUUGUAGGAGCAAUUUUCUUAAAGUUCCUUUCAGAAAAUGAAUCGGCGUUUGACCUUCUCUAUUGCAUCACAUUCAAGCUAAUGGACCAUCAGUGGCUUGCUAUGCGUGCAUCCUACAUGGACUUCAAUACAGUGAUGAAGGCCACACGUCGACAACUGGAAAGGGAGCUUCUACUUGAAGAUAUAACACGACUGGAGGAUCUGCCCUCGCAUAGUCUCCUUACACGAUGAUGAGAGGAUGGAUUGACAAACACUGGUGGUCCGGUCCUUUUACAAACAUGUCUUUUAAGCUUUUGACUAGAUAAAAUGUAUAUGUGCUUUACUUCAAACAAGUGGUAAUGGUGUUCAGAUUUGAUUUUUCAGAAAUUGAGGAUUUCAGAUUUUUGUCUCUAUAAGCUACAUACGAAGAAAAGAUGCGACUAUCGAGAAUU